CAAAAGUCAAGUCUCGCCCUAUACGUCACGCAUCAAAAUCCGAAUCGAUCCUUUGAAACAUGAAAGCAACGUGUUACCUACACCCUGGGGCCACGCGGCGCCAAACCACCCCACCCCAAAUCCCAUAGCUAUAAAUAUCCAGACCUGGGGUUUCAAUUUUGUAACUGAGCUAGGUCAAAUUCAUCACUUCCUAUUUGCAGAAAAAAAAACAACCAUGGAAGCUGCAAUUUCUCAGUCCAGAAUAACAGCGCAUCAGUUUUGUGGCUUCUCGCCCAAAAUUGGGGCGGUUGGCCCUAGUGUUUUGUCGUUCCCGGUUCGGAUCAAUGAUUCCCUGAAUGGACAAGUUCUGAAAUGCGCGAAGGCGGAUUCAGCUCCUGCGUGGUCGGAAUUGGUGCUGGAGAACGAAGAGGAGGAAUUGAGGAAAUUGAACGGAAAAUGCGGAGGGAUUGGCGGGAUAGUGGAAUUGAUGGAGUGUCUAGAGAGAGAAGCGAUAAUGGGGGAAGAUGAGGGGAGAGAGCCGACUGAUUACAACCGGAGAGCCCUCAUUUUCGACCGGAGUUCUAGAGUGUUCCAGGCGCUCAAACAACACACGACACCACCUCCGCCGCCUCUUGUGUUUGAUUAAACAUGCUCUGUUUCUAGUUAUAGAUGAAAAAUGUAGAACAAGUCGAUUACACUGUGUUGAAUGUAGCUUCAUGAAUUUCAAGUAAUGUUUCGUCUUUUACCCUUUUAAA